AUGGCCGACUCCCUUGUGCACGAGAUAUUCACCGACUUCGACCAGAGUAAGGUGAAGAUCGAAGGGAUCUCAUUGGAAGGGGAUGGCACGACGUGCUAUGCACUCCUGUUCGACCUCAAGAGCAGCAAGUCAGGCGAGAUCGACGAGUUUCUGCUUGGCAACGUAGGGGAUAAAGCAGAACAUUCUAUUAGGUUGACACGAGACAAAGCGUGGUGGCUCUUCCCUACUCCGAACCUUGACUUGCCAGCCAAUACCGACACGCAGUUUAUCCUGCUCAAACUCGCAUCGUCCAAGUACAAAUACGCCGCUCUUCUAACCAUAACUGUUCCUGCGUAUAUGGGGACCCUUCGUGGGAAAGACGGUCGCAUUGUCGCUCGUUUUGAACGUGAUUCUGGCACGGGAGGACAGGGGAAGAUCGUCGUAUGCAUGGGGAACGACCUUAUGGGAGUCGUGCGAGGAGCCGCUGACGGGAUGAGAGAAGUCAGAGGAUGGGGAAACAGCUUGCUUGACGCGGUGGUCGAGGGUGUAGAGAGGAUGAUGGGCAACGGAGGACAAGGGACGAUCUUCUCCGACACCCUCACAUACUGCACGUGGAACUCGCUCUUCCCCGUUCCACGCACUGCAGCAUCUGUGUUGAAGACACUCACCUCGCUAAAGUCUUUCAGAAUCCACCCUGCCACCUUGCUAAUCGACGAUGCCUGGCAGUCGAUCAACGACGAGUCCGGAGGACCUUACACUCGCCUGCGCAGCCUGACGUCGUUCGAAGCCUGGGACAAGUUCAUGGAUGGCAUAAAAGGCGGACUCAAAGAGUUCGUCACCAGAGUCAAGGAAGAUUACGGCGUAGAACGGGUCGGGGUCUGGCACACCAUCUCCGGGUACUGGCAGGGCGUGGAGCCUGUUGCGUUCCGGGAGAAGUACAAACUCGUCAAGGUCACUCUUGGUGAUUACCCCGGACCGUGGGAAGGUGCAGGGUUCCAGUACUACAUCCCCCAUCCGGAUAGCGUGCACCAGUUCUUUGCGGACUAUUAUCGGUUCUUGUCAGCCUGCGGAGUGAGCUUUACGAAGUGCGACAAUGUGGCGAGCUUGGAUGCGCUUGUAAGUGCGAGGGAGGUCAGGUGGGAGAAGGGCGAGGGGGUGCUGGGCGCAGCUGUUGACAUGCCUACACUCAGACGGAACGCAAGACAAGCUGUGAAGGACGCUGCAGAGAAGUAUUUUGGUGGGAGCGAGGAGGGCAGGGUAAUCUGGUGUAUGGAGAUGUCUCCUCGAAUAUAUCUGGGGAAGGAAGUCGGAGGCUCGACAGGCGCGCGGAUGGUAUGCCGCAACUCUGAUGAUUAUUUUCCUGAUAUCAUGGAUUCGCAUCGAUACCACAUUUACGCGAACGUGCUGAAUGGGAUAUUCACCUCGCAGAUGAACGUUGUCCCCGAUCUGGACAUGUUCCAAUCCCAUGCUUAUAUCCCCGAAGGCGAGGACGUGCAAAAGUUCUCCACGGAGGGAACGUCCGCCCAAGCCGAAUACCACGCCGCCCUUCGCGCGCUCGCAAAUGGUCCUGUAACGCUGACGGACGUGGCUGGGCACACCGACCCGACUGUGCUCGACAAGCUGCUGGGCAAGUCGUCCAAGUCUGGAAGGAGCGUCGCUCUUCAGGCUAAGAAGGCGUUCUUUGUCGGCCCGAGUGUAUUCGAAGACUUGCUAAGUGAGAAGACGGGGAUGGGACUGAAAGUCUACAGCGAAGGUGAAUAUGGAGGAGGGGUGUUGGGCGUCUGGAACGUCCGGAGCAAAGAGGGGACCGCCGAGGACAAACUAACGUUUGCAGACAUCCUGCUCUUGACGUCUCCUUCUCCCGAACGCACGACAUACGCGGUGCAUUCCUUCAAGACGAGCAAAGUCUACCUUGCGGACAAAGCCGUCUCAAGCAUCAUACCCUGCGAGGCACCAAUCCAGCUCGAGCCAUUCGGCUUCGACAUCUUCACCAUCGCGUCCUUCGUCACUUCCGAACGAUGUACCAUCGCCUGCCUCGGCCUGACAGACAAGUACAACCCUCUUUCGGCACUAACGGGCCCAGCUGUGUUCCUGGACAACUCACCCGUGCUGUUCGGAGCGACGUUCAAGUGCGUCGGGUGUGCGUCGUUUGUUGUCAAACGGCUAGCGGGUGCAGGAGCGGGGGAAGAAGGAGCGGGGAAGAUCAAAGUCGUUGUCGGUCAGACACCGGUCGAGGAGACGCUGAUCCAGCGGCGAGUGGACGAGCGAAUAGGGGAAAUCGUCACGGUAGACUUUAGGGGAUUGUUGAGAGCCGAUCCCGGGGAAGGAGAUGUGUACGAGAUGGUGCUGGAGGUGUUGUAA